AUGCCUGAACCAGCUAAGCCAGCGCCCAAGAAUGGCUCCAAGAAAGCGGUGACGAAGACUCAGAAGAAGGACGGCAAGAAGCGGAAGAGAAGCAGGAAGGAAAGCUACGCCAUCUACGUGUACAAGGUGCUGAAGCAAGUGCACCCGGACACCGGCAUCUCCUCCAAGGCCAUGGGCAUCAUGAACUCCUUUGUCAACGACAUUUUUGAGCGCAUCGCAGGGGAAGCCUCUCGCCUGGCUCACUACAACAAGCACUCCACCAUCACUUCCCGGGAGAUCCAAACUGCUGUCCGCCUGCUGCUGCCGGGAGAGCUGGCUAAGCACGCCGUGUCUGAGGGUACCAAGGCUGUCACCAAGUACACCAGCGCCAAGUAA